AUGAAGACAAUAUUAUUGGCGCUAACCUGUUUCUUCGUCGGCGCAAUCGCCGUCGACUUCACCUGCCCUUCGGAAAAUCACAAGAGCAAACGCGCCUCCUCGGACAUCUCCUACUACCCGGACGAGAUCCAGUGCGACCUCUACUACAAGUGCACAUCUGGCAACCCCGUCGGCGAGCCGAAGCUCUGCCCGGACGGACUGGUGUUCAGCGACAGGUCGACGAGCUACGAAAGGUGCGAUCUGCCCGACAACGUAGAUUGCGGAGACAGGCUGGAGUUACAGCCCCCACAGUCAACGGAUUUGUGCCCUCGCCAAAAUGGCAUGUUCAGGGUGGACAGUCCUGAAGCAUGCGAUAGAUUCGUGCAGUGUGUCAAUGGACACGUGAUCGUCACACAUAAAUGUCCACCAGGUUUGAUUUACGACGACGAGAGAGCCCAGCAAGCAACCUGCGUCUGGCCUAGGGACGCCGUGAGAAAAGAUUGCGGAAAACCCAAAAAAGAGGUUCUCCUCCCAGAAGGUUUCUCCUGCCCAGAUUCUGCAAGCGAAGCAAGUUCCAGCGAUUCUGAUGCAGCCCCAUUGCCCCACCCAACUUACCCCGACCCAAACAAUUGCGGAAAAUUCUUCAUCUGCAGAGGCGGCAGGGAUCCCCAAAGAGGGGCCUGUUCUGAUGGAGAAGCAUACAAUCCUGAUCUGUCCAAAUGUGACGAACCCAAGAACGUCCGAGGAUGCGAGGACUAUACGGGAGAAGAAGACGACGAAUAG